AUACAGCCGAACGCCAAUUAACAUCGAAGCUUUCAAAAUGGAAGAAAUUUUUUCUGAAAUUGGCUCUAAAUCUCCGUAUGAUAUUUUAUCGUUGUAUUUUGAUAAAUUAAUAAUUGCAGAGAUAACGCAUUUCACAAACGAAUAUGCGAAUCAACACAAUGCUGCCAUUUACGUCACGCCAGUGGAAAUACGUAGGUUCAUUGGUAUUUCGUACAUUUCGGGGUAUUACACCUUGCCUCAUAUUGACCACUAUUGGUGUGUUCGGCCCGACAUGGGAAUUCCAAUUGUAAAACGAGCGUUGAGUCGUAAUCGGUUUAAAAUAAUAAAACGGUUCUUACAUCUUAACGGUUUCUGAUAACACCGUUUAAAUACAGUAUAUCGUUUUGCCAACGUUCGCCCGCUUAUUGAUGCUCUCAAUAAAAAAUGAAUGCAGUUCGGAGUUUUUAGCCAUAUUCUUUCCGUAGACGAACAGAUGAAUCCAUAUUUUG